AGUGAACAUAGCAAGAAAAUAUUUCGUAAUAAUUUGCAAGGUUUGGAUGCGUAUGCUCGACAUAAAAAGUUUAUGAAGGAUUAUGUAAAUUUCUAUGGGCGUGAAAGAGGAGUUGGCCAAACAUCCACAAGUAUAGAAACAAAGACCGAAUUCGAUAUUCUGAAAGAAAAUCAUAAAUUUCUUCGAACAGAAGAUGAAGAAGAAGAAGAAUUAAGUUGGGAGCAACGUGUUGCAAAAAAAUAUUAUGAUAAAUUAUUUAAAGAAUAUUGUAUCGCCGAAUUGAAAUAUUAUAAGGAAGGAAGGAUUGCUUUAAGAUGGAGGAUUGAAAAAGAAGUUAUAUCGGGCAAAGGCCAAUUCGUGUGUGCAUCAACAAGAUGUUCAAGUACAAAUGAAUUAAAAUCUUGGGAGGUUAAUUUUGCUUAUAUGGAAGACGGUGAAAAGAAAAAUGCGUUAGUUAAAAUUAGACUAUGUCCAAAAUGUUCUGAUAAAUUAAAUUAUAAUAAACAACAUCAAGAAAUUAAAACAGAGAAAGAAACUUAUAGAGAUGAAGAUGAAGAUAAGCAUAAAAAAAGAAAAGGAAAAUCUUUUGAAGAAAGUAAUAGUAAAAAGAAAAAACGUGAGAGUAGUCCAGAACGAAAUAUAAAGAAACGAAAUGAUAUUAGAAGCCAGAAGUCAGAUUCAACUGAUUCAAUUGGAACAAGAAGUCCUACGCCAAUUAGAGACGAUCAAAGAGCGAUAGAGGAUUUUGAUGAAUUUUUUACUGGUUUAUUUGUUUAGAAAGUCAUGACAGUUAAUUUUACUAAAAUAACUUUUAAGGAAAAAAUGAAAAUAAAUUAUGUAUAUAUAAAAUGAAUGAACUUUAUCGUAAUAAUGUAUAUAUUUUAUCGGCAUAUCACAAUUCAUUUUUUUUUUUAAAAAAAAA